CGGGAACAUGACUGAGGACUGCGCUGCGGCAGGUAAAUAAAAUCCACAUUCUAAAAUAAAAUCCUAUUCUCUUACAGAACUCCACUCACUGGGAACGGUGCAAGUAUGUAGACUGCAGCAAUAAUCUCACUUAAUCUGAGAUCCUGCUAUUGUAGCUAAAGAAUACUCACAAUAACUAAUGAUCUGAUAUGUUUGGUAGAUUUUAAUCUAAUUUAAAUCUUUUAUUUCAUUAAUGUCUAUGUGCAUUCCAACAAACCCUUGCCAUUACUUUUAGCACGUCUCUAUUUCAGCUUCCUGUUUUUAUUACGUGGCGAUGAAAUGUAAUUUCUAACUCUAUUUAUCGCGAUUUCCAGCUAGUGCGCCUAUAGCAAUUAAUUCUAGAAGUUUCUAUUGGUGUGGGCCGACGUUAUCGGGUAGAUUGAGAUAAGCACUUUACAGCUUCCUCCACAAUGCGUAUAGAACUUUGUCAUGUACCCUGAUGAAUGGGGAUGGGUGUUUAUUGAGGUUUUUCUAAAAAGUGCCUGAAGUUAUUUGUUUGAUAAUUGAAGUGACAGACACUGUAAGGGGAGAUAGGAAGAGGCUUAAUCAGUAAAAUAAAUUGUCUGGAAUUCAAACUGAAUUUUAACUUUAAAGUGACACUAUAGUCAACAUAACCACUGUAGCUUAAUAUAGUUGUUAUGGUGUCUAUAGCCUGUUCCUGCAGGCUUUUCAAUAUAAACGCUACCUUUUCAGAGAAAUCUCCCUGCUUUUUUUUUAAAAUUAAAUGUUACUGAGGGAAUGUCUACUAAACGGCUUUAACCCCUUUUAUGCCUGUGGGUGCCGUUACAUUAGGGAAAAAGGAAUCUUUGGUUAUUAUACUACUGUGAAUGUGAAAAAAAUUAUUGGAAAAACAUUUUCCAAAAAUGUGAAAAUAUAUUAAAUUUUUUUUUUUUUUACUAGGUACGAUGCGUUCUGCAGAUAAGAGUGAAAAUGGUGGAGUGAAUUUAAAUUUUGUUGUGCCGUGCUCUCUGACUCCUUUACGUGAGUAAAUUCCCUGAUUUUCCUUUAUUUUCUUAAAUCCCUGGUAAUAUGUUGAUUUCUCUCCAGACUACAGAGAUACAUAUUUUUUCUACCAUUGACUUCAAUGUACAGAGGGAAGAAGUGUGUAUUAUAGUUAUUAAUGAUAUAUUAUUGUAGCAAACUGUGUCUCCAAAGAGCGCGAGCCUGAGCCGACAUUUUGCAACUAGCAGGUGGCUUCACAACCGCAGAUUCCGUGUCGACCAAUGGGAGAAGCGCUACCAUUCAAAUUGGUUUUGCGCCCUUUCUCCCAAUUUGCCGGCAAAACACCUCCCCUCCCUGAAUGCUGAUUGACCGCUACGUGUUCGUGCCCUUUUUCCGGAUUGGCCGCUGCUUUCACCGGCCUAAACCGAGUGAUCUUGUGGAACUGUUUGCACGAUGAUUUCUCGGGCUCUGUAGAUACGAUCACUCCGAAAUUUGCAGGGAGCAUAGCACGGACCAGGAGCUAUCCAGGGAUGUAGGGCAUGUAGAGAUGCAUUACUGUGUUUUGUGUAUUUUGUGGGUUUUUUGUGUGUCCGCUUCCUGUGCCUGGGAGACACCAUUAUCUCCAGACACAGGGACGCUGGGGAGGGCUUAUGUUUUACAUUGCUGUAGAUGGAGACCCCCUGCAGGGGUCCGUGCAUAAAUACUGUGUAUCUGACCUUCAAUAAACAGAUCCUGUUGUGCCCUUCAUCAAGUCUCUGUCUGAUGUUUGGGUAACCAAGAGCUCUAAUCACUGCUUCGCUUGGGAAAUGGGAGACUCACAAUGGAUAUACUCAGUCAGAGUAUAGGGGAUCCAUUACAUCAUAUAAUAAUAUUUGAUAACAUUAUUGUACAUAUUAUGGUACAAUAGCACCAUUCAAUGCUCUGUAUAAUACUGAUUACUAUUUAUAGCCGGGUAUCUAUAUACAAAAACUCACAAACUGGGUAUUCGAGAAUUAUAUAUAUAAUUAUUUGGGGUUUCUUGCUCCCCUCUCACACUACGUACUUAAAGGCAUAUCUUUUUUUUGCAACAAUGUGCGACUCAAUGGUAGCUUAAAAUUGUCAUAGUUACUAAAUUUAAUAUUUUAUACUUUAAAUCUGCCAUUUUGACUUGAAUUAAGGUUGCAUAAUGUUUUCUGAAAAAGAGAAAAUAGGGUUAAUGUGAUAAGCAGACCCAGCCAAUUGAGUGCACUGGGAUAUUUAAAUAAGGUCAAUUGUUAUUUAUUCUUUAGAAUAUCUUUCAAAGGGAUUCCUCUGCUCUAGAGGCAGUCUUAGUCCUGCAAUGUAAUUAUUGCACGUUCUCUAAAACGGCAAUUAUUGACAUUGCAGGACUAAGGAGGACAGGGACACUGCACCUAGUCCCCUUCAAUAAGCUGAAUUGGUCUGGGUGCCUUAAGUGUCCCUUUAAAAAGUGCUGCAUGAUAUGUUUGAACACUCCAUCCAUCAUAAUAUUUACCGUGAUAAUAAAGUAUUUUAUGGUUUAUGAAGUUAAAGUUCAUUGUAAAAGGCUGCAAUACGAUCAGUUUAUGGAGAUUGGUGCUGUAGAAUUUUAUGUAAAGAUACUGUUUCCAUUUAAUUCAAAGGAAAACUAAUUUGCAAAGGUGUUGGGGGACCUGCCCCACCACACCCCAUCCUGCAAACUUGUCUAUUAAUGUGCUCAGUCUUUGUCUGAAUUUUGGAGAUAAAACCUACUGAAAUUGUAUAUUUGCUUUCCAGAGAAGGCGAUCUAUUUGUUUCUGAUAAAUAAAGAUCCGCAGAAAGCAAAGGAUAUCGCACAAGGUGUGAAUAAGAAAAGUGCCAAGGAGGUUAAUCCUGAUUUGUAUCUAAUGAAGGAAAAGCAUUUUCUCACUCACAAUGAACACUUAAACCUCUGGUCCGUGACGCACAACAAUAACACAGGUCUGUCAGACUAUUUCAUAUAUGAUAAAAAUGAUGUAAUAUGUGGAACUUAUAAAAGUAUUUCAUACCGGUUUAAUCACUAAAGUGUUUUCAUUGUCUGUCUGUAUCUGUGUGUGAAUUUGUUUAAUCCCAUGGGAAUGGGGCCUAUGUAACAAUGGGGAGACAUAGCCCGUACCCCAACCGUUGGCAUCGAGUAGGGGAUACUUUACAUUUUUAGGGGUGGACCUGUUGUCCCCUUCCCUGGAACCCAUCCAUGCCGGCAGGUGGGUGCCCUAAUAUUUAUAAAGGGGGGGCCUAUUUUCACCUCCGCCAGCUCCUACCCAUGCCGGCGGCAGGGUGCUCUAAUUAAUUGUAAAAUUGGGGGGGAGUAGGGGGGGGACAAUGGUCACUUUCUCGAGGCUUGGCUGUCAGAGAAGUGUUAUUGGUUGGUUUACUAGUCAACCAAUCAGAGUGCUCUUGGUCAUUUUGCAAAGCGUGGAAAAUUUGCAGCCGUGUUAGAAUGACACUGUUCGACUUUAAUUCCUGGAGUCUAGCGGUUUGUUAAUGGGAUCAAACAAACACAAAAUAUACACACAAACAAUACAAAUUAAGCUCAACACUUAUGUGGAGGAUCCCCUUAACCUUCACAAACACCAAUAGUUAAAGACAAAAAAUAUAAGUGGGGCUUUAAAAUACCUGAAAUACUUGAAUAAAUGGCAAAUAUACUCAAUAAUAUGCCUUCACAAUGACCUGUAAAUAAUAUAUAACAUGUACAUAGUGCAGAUGGUAUAUACUAUAUAUAAAUGGUAAAUCAGAGAAAUAUGAGUAAGGGUGGUAAUUCACAACUCACAAGAAUAGAGCCAAUAGGUCACCUGGCUCUAGUGUGAAGCGCUCUGUGAUCUUUAUUAGGGGAGAUCAACUACCCACUGAGCGUGUGUCCUCCUGGUUUCCUCCUCCUUUGUAUGUAGCAAACAGACAGGAAGGUCCCAAUUGUAGAAGGAUCCAAAAAUUUAUUGAUAAAACAAAUUAACACUUGUAAAUAAAAAAUAUAUAAUAUAAAUUGGGGCCAAUACAAACCAUUGUGUGGAAAUCUAUUCACAAACCGGACUUUACAUAGGACACGAGGCCAUGCGUUUAGACUGGAAGAAAGAAGAUUUCGCCUAAGGCAAAGGAAAGGUUUUUUUACUGUAAGAACAAUCAGGAUGUGGAAUUCUCUGCCUGAGGAAGUGGUUUUAUCAGAGUCCAUACAGAUGUUCAAACGGCUACUAGAUGCAUACUUGCAAGAACAGAAUAUUCAAGGAUAUAAUCUUUCAAUGUAGGGUAAUAACUGCUUGAUCCAAGGAUAAAUCUGACUGCCAUUCUGGGGUCAAGAAGGAAUUUUUUUCCUAGCUUGUUGCAAAAUUGUGCUUCAAACUGGGUUUUUUUGCCUUCUUUUGGAUCAACAGCAAAAAACAAAUGUGAGGAAGGCUGAACUUGAUGGACGCAAGUCUCUUUUCAGCUAUGUAACUAUGUAACUAUAUAAGUCCACAAUAUAUUGUGGAUAAAGUCCAAAACGCGUUUCGCCAGUAACCUGGCUUCCUCAGUUGGUUAAAAGAUUGUUCGAUUUCUUUUUAAUGUAUUUAUACCUUUCCUAAUGGAUUCCUUGCGUUCGCGUGACCGGAAGUGGUUGCUGUGGAACGCACGCUCCGUCUGAUGGAACGCACGUUACUUCCGGUCUGGAUGCUUGCGAAAUGGGAUCAGUCUGUGCUCUGUACUCCGGGGCUGGGGUGACGUUACGUCCUGGCUCCUGCCGUUAGUACAGGGGCGCGAAGAAGCUGUGCAGUGAGAAUACAUACAGAUCACAUCAGAUCCCCUGCCGCCUGAGAUGUUUCUCUAUUAACUGCUGGUAAAGUUUAGGCACUGGCUAUGUAAAAAGUGCCACCUGUAGGCAGGAACCAGCUAUGACAGUAAAGGUGCACUCUUUGCACCCCCUGCUGCCUGUUAGACUGCCCCGGUAAGUACGCUACUGAUAAGCACCAUUAGCUAUGUUGCCUUGAGUGACCCUUUAAAUGGCAGAUAUUUUUGAUAAAGAAAACAUUGCCACCACUAAUAUAAUCCGUGCCUUUAUUCACAAUCUAAACAGGAAAGCACGUGACAUCUGAAAAUACAAAUAACACUACCUCCUCGCAGAACACGAUGGCCCUGUCACCGGACAGUAAAAGUAAGUCGCCAUUGUAUAGGUCAUAUGACUGGAUGCAUCAUUUAAUUUGUGAUAUUAUAUAGUUAUAUAUAUAUAUAUAUAUCUCAAAGUGUGUGUAUGUGAAUGUGUCUAUUUUCAUUGAAAAUGUGGAAAAUUUUGCAGGUAGAGAAAAAAAAAAGAAGAAAAAUCUAAAUGCACUUGAAAAUAGAUUAAACCAUUUUUGACCGAGAUCAUUGAAAAAAAACAAAAAAGUAAGAAAACUAAAAUCAAAAAGCAACAAAAAAGUUGAGUUACAAAAAAGUUGAGUUACAAAAAAGUUUGAGUUACAAAAAAAGUAAAAAUGAUAAUUCGUUAAAAAAUAAUGUAUUGUUUUUAAGGUCCAUCGUGCUUUGCAGCACAGGCUGAACGCAGAACAGUGAAUUCUAAUUCUGAGCCAUCCAUCACACUAACACCAACACGUGAGUAUCUCCUCACAGCCUCCAUUUUGUUUUACCGGUACAGCCAAGUUCUGCAGGUUUGUAAAAUGUUCCUUGAUGAUGGCAUUGAUCUAUAAAACCAAGAUGGAGAUAUCAGAAUAUACGAGUUAGCGUACCCUGACAUUCUGGAACUGGUAAAAUAUAUUUAUGUUUAGAAUAAAUGAAAGACUGCCUUUUUUGUUUUCCUUGACUUUCCGUUAAGUGACUAAUCGCUUUAGAGGUUUUUGCUGUUUACUACUAGACAAUAAAUUGAAUAUAUGUUGCUACUUUACUUUAUUAAUACAGCUUUUAGUAGCUUGAAAGGAAAGGAUACAGCAUGCAAAGGCCUCGGGGAACCAUUAGAGGCUUAAAGCUAAAUUUACAGAGCAGGAGAUAAAAACUUCUAAAGCAAGUUAACAUCUGACUGAAAAUUAAUUUUUUUUUAAUGCAGGCUGUUUUGAGUCACAGCCAGAGGGAGGUGUGGCUAGAGCUGUAUAAACAAAGUGAUAUAACCAGUGGCGAACACACACACACACAUACAUACAUAGACACACACACACACACAUAGACACAUACGGACAGAUACAUACAUACACAUACACACAGAAACACACACAUACAUAUAAACAGACAGGCACACAUAUAUACAUACAGACACACACACACAUACAUACAUAGACACACACACACACACACACACACAUAGACACAUACAGACAGAUACACACAGAAACACACAGAUACAUACAUACAGACCAACACACACCCAGACACAGACAGGCACACACACACACAAACACAUACAUACAAACAGACAGGCACACAUACACACAGGCAGACACAUACAGACAGAUAGACACACACACACAUACAGACAGACACACACACAUACAGACAGGCAUACAUACAUACAGACAGGCACACGUACAGACACAUACAUACACAUACAUACAGACAGACACACACACACAAGACGCACAUACAUUCAUACAAACAGACAAACACACACACACAUACAUACAGGCAGACACACACACAGACAUACAGGCAGACACACACACAUACAGACACACAUACACAUACAGACACACACACAUACAUACAUAGACAGACACACAUACAGACACACAGACACAAAUACAUACAAAGACGUACAUACAAACAGGCACACAUACAUAUAGGCAGACACACACACACACACACACACACACACACAGGCAGAUACACAUACAGACACAUACAUACAGACAGGCACACAGACAGACACAUACACACAUACAUACAAACACACACAUACAAAAUGUUUAAGUCACCCUCCUGUUUCCUACCUUUUAGGUACAGGAGGGUGUCUUUCCCUUGGGUCCAGUGGUGGCUCAGGUGGAUGGGAGUCAAAGUUCCCACUCUGACACACUGGUCUUAAUCCCAUGCGGGCUCUGUCUGAUUGCUGGGAGGAGUAACAUGCGGUCACUUCCUCCCAGCUCUGUGUGAACUCAUUACAGGGGGCCCGGUCGCGCUAUUAAAGCGCCCAGCGCUGACCGGGCCCCUGACAAUCCAUAUCCAUUGAGUUGCCCUGACAGCAUGGGCCACCCGAUGGACCCCUUGGACGCCAGCACCGGCGGUUUGCCUCGCAGGCCGGGGCCACAAAAGAAGAUGGUGGGUACAUGGUCGCAGGGGUCCGCAGGGCGGCCGGGCCCCCUGGAGUGAGCUGCGACCGCGGUAUGUACGCCAGUGGAUAUAACUCCUAAAUGGCUGGGAAUUAAGCAGUGAAACUGCAGUAGUAUGAUCUAUACACUAAAACCACUUCACUAAGCUAAAGUUGUUUUGAUGCCUAUAACUUCUCUUUAAAUAAAAUAGGUCUGAUAAUCACAAAUUACUCCCCUUUCUAUAUCUUAAUUUUACUGUCUCCCAUAUUAUUCCUAGAUCUAAGUCAGCAUUCUACAGAUACCUCCCAACAUUUCAAAUGGACAAAGAGGGACCCUUUUAUUUUAGGGGUGUGAGUGGGGUGUGGCCAGGGGUGAGACCGUUCUGAGUCGAUGACUCAAUUUUCUGAAUUGUAUGCUAUUUAUUUAUUUUUUAAAUUACAAAAUAUAUAUUUUUUAAAUUUAGAAAAAUGUGUCUUAUUUCCAAGCACAUUGAUUGUAGAUUAAAUACACAUUACUGGGAGUAUUAUUGCUGUGGAGCUCUGUUAUACACUCAGACACAUUACUGGGAGUAUUAUUGCUGUGGAGCUCUGUUAUACACUCAGACACAUUACUGGGAGUAUUAUUGCUGUGGAGCUCUGUUAUACACUCAGACACAUUACUGGGAGUAUUAUUGCAGUGGAGCUCUGUUAUACACUCAGACACAUUACUGGGAGUAUUAUUGCUGUGGAGCUCUGCUAUACACUCAGACACAUUACUGGGAGUAUUAUUGCUGUGGAGCUCUGUUAUACACUCAGACACAUUACUGGGAGUAUUAUUGCUGUGGAGCUCUGUUAUACACUCAGACACGUUACUGGGAGUAUUAUUGCUGUGGAGCUCUGUUAUACACUCAGACACACUAACAAUAUGGAGUUAAAUGCUAGUAAAAAAAGCACAACACCGUUCACUGAGUAAAGUUUUAUUGAUGACGUACAAGUCUAUACUGACAAUAUACUUCUGUUACAGAAAAUGAAAUCUACCAGUAUAUGAAGCACACUAACAAGCCACUAAAACCUAUAGACAUUGCACGUAACAUCGGAAAAAGACGCUCAUCAGAGGUUAAUCCAGAUUUGUAUAAAAUGGAGAAAGAGAAUUUGCUCAUUCAUGACAAGGUGACCAAAUGCUGGCAAAUUAAUUCAGAGCACAAUGCAGGUUUGUAAAAUGCUUUGACAAUCCUCAAGUAUAUAAACAGAUAGUAGUAGGAGAUUGAUUUAAAGGAACGGAGUCAGAAAUCUAGAUUUUUAAUGUAAAAUAAGCACUUUCAUGUUAUAGAAAAUUUUCUCCAUCCUUACCGUAAUUUUCUUUUCCUGGUUAUUAUUCAUGGCAGCAUCACUUAUGGGUUAGCUCUGCCCCCAACAGGAACAGAACAGGAAACAUUUAACUAAUCUGAACCAGCCUGUAGGCAUAAAAGGUCCCUCCUUUCUCUAUCCCACAGUCUAGUUUAAAAUUGUAAAACAAACAUAUAGGAGGGAUGCUGAUGCUGCCGUGAAUAAAAGCCAGGAAAAGAAAAUUACAGUAAGUAUGGAGAAAAUGUUCUAUAUUCAUGGCUAAUCAUGGCAGCAUCACUUAUGGAUAAUACCCAAGCUAAGACCAAUGGGAGGGAGAAAAAAAUGGAUACUAUUAGUCUGCUGCAACAAUAUUUUAUUCACGAGAAGUAACAGAGGACUAAACACCUCUCCCAACGGAAGUAGAUGAAGAAGCUACAUCCAGCUUGUAUGUUUGAUAAAUGUCAUAGGAGAAGAUCAGAUGGCUGCCCUGCAUAUGUCAUCAGAUGAAACCUCUGUCCAAGGAGGUAGCCAGUGCUCUAGUCGAAUGAGCCUUUAUUUUCUCUGAUGGAGAUAGGAGGUGAUAAGCAUUCUUUAUGGUGUUUGAGAUCCAAGAGUGGUGCAGGCAGGGCCGGACUGGGGAUUCCAAAGCAGCCCUGGAAAAAAAAUCUAUGCCAGCCCCAUAAGUCAUUGCGCCAUAUAUUGUCGCAUGUAAUAUGUAAGGCUAUGUCUUGCAACCCUAGAUGAUUGAGAUAUAUAUAUAUAAAAACCAAACGGAUCUUGCACUCCACCAAUUCAAUAUUCAAUGCCCGGUGCUUGUCAGCCAAAAAUGCAAAAAAUAUUGCCAGAGAUAGCACUCCAAGGACUAAUAUAAAAUAUAACUUUUAUUACCUCUCCUGACGAAAGCUUGAGGGGAUCAAGCUGAAACGUUGACCUUGUGUUGUUUUAGUGAAGGUAAUAAAAGUUAUAUUUUAUAUUAGUCCUUGGAGUGCUAUCUCUGGCAAUAUUAUAUAUAUAUCUUUUUCCAAUAUAAAAUAUUGGUCCUUUCAGAGUAAAAUUUUUAAUUAUACAGUAAGCAUACUCACAUGCAGACACAGACAAUCUCACUGACACAAACUGAUUGAUGCACAGCCUCAUACAUAAGGUUAUUGACAUAAAAACACAAGCUCACUCAGUAGCAGGCACACACACACACACACACAAACACACAAGCAAGCGCGCGCACACACACACAGCUUAAUGUAGUGGUAUUGGUGUCUAUAGCCUGUCCCUGCAGGCUUUUCAAUGUAAACACUGACUUUUAAGAGAAAAGGCAGUGUUUACAUUGCUUCCUAGUGACAGACACUCAGACGGUCACUAGAGGUGCUUCCUGUGUCAGUGCGGAUUGGCUGAGAUCAUCAAGCUUGAUGAUCUCAGCCGUAGAGGCAGGACGAGGGGAGACCAGCAUGACGUGGGAAAAAAAAAAGUGAGUAAAAACACACAUACACACACACACACACACACAUACCAUGACACAGACAGACCGUGACACAGACAGAAACACACACACACCAUGACAGACACACCAUGACACAGACAGACACACACACCAUGACAGACACACACCUUAAAAAAGACACACACACCUUGACACACACACACCAUAACACAGACAGACCGUGACACACAGACACACACACCACGACACAGAGAGACCGUGACACAGACACACACACACCGUGACACAGACAGACACACAUUACAUGACACAGACAAACCCACACACACACCAUGACACACACAGACCGUGACACAGACAGACACACACACCAUGACACAGACAGACUGUGACACACAGACCACGACACAGAGAGACCGUGACACAGACACACACACACCGUGACAGACAGACACACAUUGCAUGACACAGACAGUGACACACACACCAUGACACAGAGACACACACAAUGACACAGACACACACACACACCAUGACAGACAGUGACACACACACCAGGACACAGAGACACAAACAAUGACACAGACACACAUUGCUGACACAGACAGACACUCACACACCAUGACACAGACACACACACACACACUCCAUGACAGACAGACACACACACAAAUGAAACACACACACAUACACAAUUUCUACCUGUGGGGACUGGCGGCUGGCGGCCUCAGAGGGAGCUCCUUUGGCGGCCGCAGGGUUUGCUGGCUGUUCUUGCGGCCGCAGGGGGAUCUGGCUGUUCUGUCUCUGCUCCCCCUCCCCAGCGCGCCGCUUAAUGAGACCGGGGCCGGGAAAUUUCCCGGUAUCCCGGUGGGCCAGUCCGGCCCUGGGUGCAGGGUUUUUGUAGAGAUGGGGCAGGAGGUUUUGUGAAUGGGGGUGCAGGAGGUUUGUAGAGGGGUGCAGUUUUUUUUAUUUUAAUUUUUUUUUUAGAGAGGGGUGCAGGGUUUUUGUAAAUGGGGCAGGGGGUUUCUAAAAGGGGGCCUGGACAGGGGUUUGGUAGAUGAGGGGGUUGUAGAAGACAGACUGUGCAGGGGUUUUUGUAGAGGGGGCAGGGGUUUGUAGAAAGUGGGUUCUGUAAAAGGGGGACUGGGCAAGGGGUUUUGUAGAGGAGGUGCAUGGUUUUUGUAGAGGAGAGCAGGGGAUUUGUAAAAGGGAGACUGGGCAGGGGUUUUUGUAGAGGAGGUGGUGCAGGGUUUAUGUAGAAAGGGGGUUUUGUAGAAGGUGGACUUGGUGGGGGUGUCAAACACAGGAUCUGCCCAGGGUGCCAAAUGCUCUAGGUAUGCCCCUGCCUAUAGUGUCCCUUUAAAUCCUCUUUGGUUAGCUGCUUAUCUAACCAUAGCCCAUUCAGAUGACCUGUGUUAUUGCCGGUAUCUCAAACGGCCAAAAAGCUGGGUUUGGCCAUUCAAGUUGUGUAUAGUUUUAGGAGAUCCAUGGUGCCUCUGACUAAUGAGGAUUUAAAAUUGUAAGCUAGGAAAUAUGGAAAUAUACAUACACACACACACACACACAAUGCAUUACAAUAAUACACACAGAGCCUAUACAUAUUUAUUUAUAUAUAUAUAAUAAUGUACAUAGAGUCUUUAAUAUUUAAGGAUAAUGACAGAUUUCCUUUGAGUGAAAUUUGGAAAUCCUUCGAACACAGGAGGUUCAGAAUGUGCCCACAAAAAAAUCCCAGUGUAUGCUUUGAGAUGCUGUGAUUAGCACAUCCCCUCACUACCCAUCCACACCAAGAUGGGCUGAGAGGGAAGGGAAUACAAAGCACGGGAUCUUUAGCAAGGCAACAGAAUAUUCCGAUGUUCGAAGAUGAUCAUGAUAAUUCCGGUUCUCCUCUGGACCAGAAUACGUAUAAGAGAAAGAAGAAUUCUGUGUCUUUUAGAACAAUGAGGUUUGUGGCUGUUACGGAGUAAUCACAUGUCAGCGUGACAUAUAUAAAAUUACAACCUUUUUUAUUGAUUGCGUAUUUAUCUUUUGUAUUUAGAAACAAAUGUGCCAUCAGAGAAUCAGCAGGCAAAUAGCCAAAAGACAUUUGAAUUUUCUUAUCAAGAAAACGCCACACAACCAUGUGAGUAAAAUUGUAUGUAUGAUGAUCAUUCGAAGGUUGGGUUGGUCUUCUACUGGUCCUAACAAAAGCGGGCAGUUUAAUAAUUUGGUUUAAUGUCCCACUGGCCCCCAAUAAAAGUAUUUUCUAAUACAUUAUUGCCAUAUAUUAGUCCUUCUUUCCUAUGACCAUGCUAUACAUAGAUUUUCAAAAUCGUCACAACAAAGGAUCACUUGAGAUUAGAGUUGACACCAUCUUUUUAAUGUCUUGUGGAGAUGAUGCACUAAAAAUAUAUGUAGAAAAAAAAUCAAAAUGUAAAGAAUGAAAAUCAUACUUCACUUUUCAAAGGCUGAUAAAAUUACACAGCUACUUUUGGGACAAGGAUCGGCUGAUUUUCCUCUGCCAAUUCCUAGUCUGCCUCUUGUUUUCAUUGGGAGCACUGUAGGUUUUUUAUAAACUCCUUCUAAGCAGGGUUUAUGGGAUAUAUCAUUUAACAGCUCCUAGUAGUUUAAAUUGUGAAGUUUUCCCCGGUUUAGAUAUUCACUUUGGAGGCAUAUCUUCAGAUUGACCCUUGGCAGCAGACUUUAUUUAAUUACUCAUGGAUUCUCUCCUUCCAAAUUGUCACACAACACUUAUGACUUUUAUUAUAUACAUUACAGUUAAAGCUAGGGACAUUUCAUUAGGCCGUAGUGGUUAUGGUACUUGGUGUCCCUUCCAUAACCAAAUUUCGAAAUGUAAGCCAAAUUGGAUAUUUGUUAACUAGCCCACAUUUCCCAAUCCCGCAGUCAUUCAAUUUGAAUUAACCCGAGCAGAGAAUCCUGCUCCGUAAUGCUGACUUGCUAACUAGGAAGUAACCAUAGCAACUACCGUUCAUGUGCUGUAUUUGCCAUGUCAGAGAACAGGGGAACUACUGGUAGGAGGGGGUGUAACAGACCGUUUUGCCCACAAGAGGUUAAAAACCGUUUAGGCGAUAUUCCCCUUUUUCAGCUGCACAGACAGCUACUGCAAGCACCAAUCACCCAAACUGCAAACCCACGAAUUCACCAACUCCUGAACUGCAACCAAGGGAAUACUCGAAACUCCUGAACUGCAUACCAAGUAGCACUCCAAACCCCUGAACUGGAGACACACGAAUAGCUGUUAGCAGACGAACAGGAAAAGCCCCCAAGUGGCUUACACUCCUGGCAAUCAGUCUCUAACAGCAUACAGUAAAUCCUCCCCCAAUAAUGAGACGACACUUCACUUUGAGGGUUAAGCAGGAACUGAUUUACUGGGGCUAACUGCCCGGCUUUUAUGCAGGUCUCCCACCUGGUGGACACUCCCCUAGGGGACCAAAUGGGAGACUGGGACACAAAGGGUAAAAGGACCAAUCACAGACUUACACAUUUCAACCAUCCCACAAUGCAUCACAAUCCCUCCUCUCUGCCCUGGAGAUAAUUGGGAAGUAAUUCAAUUAUCUCCAAAGACAGAGGCAAAACUCCAUUAACCACAUGGCAGAAAACAAACAGUAAAAGACAUAAAAUUACCUACAGUUACAUUCAGUACAUAAAACAUAUACGUUCUACAUAUCCCCAGAUAGCUCAGAUCUGAGCGCACAUUAUUACCGAAUGGCGCUCAGAUCACAUACAUACAGUUCAAUUGCCAUGGAGCCAAAGUCCUCUUGUUACAUGAACAGGCUCCAUGGCUUAGCUAUCUGGGUGAUGCUGUUCAUCCAGUUAAACUACCGAAUGAACAGUCAUUCGGUUCCGCUCUCGAAUGGGAAGGGAAGGAGGCUGGCGGCUCAGCGGUGUUCGCGCAAUUAAGUGUCCGUUUUCAGUUCCAUAGUUUAGGCGCUGAACACCGCUGGCCGUUCGGGAGGUAAAAUGGCUGCUGCCACGUGUUCGGCAACCGAACAAAAGCCUCCCAGCGUUCAUCAAUGAAGCUGCGGUUAACUGCAGCUUCUGGGCGGUCAAUUGACGGCACACUCCAGUUCCCAGGUGGUCCAUCGUUUGGUAGUUUGUUCGGUAGAUUGAGUCUAAAGGGAGCAGGCGAGCAACCAGGCUUCUCCAGUGUACAGUGGCGAGGUUGGUUUCGUCACAGGGGGAUCCUGCUCCUCCUGUCAAUCGAUUGCUGGAAGAGAGAUCUAUGGCAACUUUAUGCUGAAAAUGUGAUCAAUGGGUGUGGCAGAGGCCAUUAAUAAGUUUUAAUUUCAAACUAUACAUUUGCUAGCACAAUCUAUUAUGGAAUUUUUAUUUUAAAUGAGGCAAAUUUACGUGGACAAAGCAGAGAAGGAUUAUCCAUAAGGCUACUCAGCCUUCUAGGGUCCAGGAGCCCUUGAACCAUUUCUAUGUGAAAAAUGAAGCAGGGGGGGGAGCAAACUGGUAACAUGCUUAGGGGUCCUUGGGUCCUUGGAUAGUCCUCCUCAGAUACGAUGACAGAUACAUUUUAAAUUGUGUUCCAAAAUAAUUUUUCGUUUUACUAGUUCCAUGAAUGGAUCUUGUUUUUUAUUUUCAGGUUGUGCUGUCAAUAGUGUUCCAACAGAACCGAAAACAGUCAAUUAUUACUUUAUGAACCCAGGGCAAAUCCAAAUAGGACAUAACAACUGUAUAAAUAUGUACAUAAGUAAAGAAACAGAAGAAAUACCUGUGGUUUCAGAGGGUAAGUUAACUUACGGGCAUGGUUUCCAUACUUUGUCCCAGUGUCCUAUGUAAAGACCACGGUCAUUUUCAUAUUGACGAUUCUGCUAAUAUACGAUUGGGGCAAUCAGGAGAUGGGUGAGGGCCAAUAGCCCAUACUGCUACUGGGACUUUCGUACUGUGGUUUCAUGCUAGACGUAGAGGCAUAAUAAUGGGUGGGACUUUUCCAGUUGAUAUACCAACCCAGUCAACAUGUGGGAGAGAGGUACCCUACUGUCGGUCCCAUAAAAAUAUCAUAGACAAAUGUGUCCCACACGUUGAAGCAGAGUCAAGCUAAGAAGGAAAUGUAGACCAGGUGGCUAUUCUCACCUGCCAAAAUAAGGCCAAGUCAUCAACAAACAACGGGUGUUAUAAUCCCCAAAACAAACCCAUGAAUAUAUAGUUUAAAUACAUUCCCAAAUCAGCUAAAUCCAAAAGUAUGACCUCCAUGUCUUAAAACUGACAAGGCACUCAUGCACUUGAUCUGUCUCAAUAGAGCUUUGGUCUCCCGUCUUGUUCCACAAGCUGUGGCUGAACUCCACUUUUAAUAAACUUCUGCCACCCUAUAGUUCAACCGAUGAAGUUCAUCAGUUGGAGAUGUACCCUUGGACUACUCCUGUGAUUUAUGCAACGUGGCUAUUUGCUGUAAAUUUUUACAUGGUCUGCUCUCACUUGGAGAUAGUACACCAAUCUUUUGUUUUGUGAUUGUCAGAUGUGGAUUCUGGUGCUGGGAAUGCCUUUGAAGUCGGUGACAGUCAAUACAAUUCUCAGAGUCAGGACGGUUUGAAUUUCACUAUGGAUCUUCCGGAUGGCAGUCUUCUCAACUGUACUGGGUCACAAGACAUGAAAAUAGUCAGCGAUGCCGACAGUGGACUAUGUAAGAAACUGGAUGAGAGUCAGUGAGGGUGUGAUAUGGUCACUUACCACCAGAAAUCUGAGAUCGCUAGAACUUAUAAUCUAUUCUAACAUUCUGAACAGUGGUGGGAGAGGGGGGGAAAAAUUAUAAUUACACCUAUAGUUAUAGCUCAACGUAUACCUUUUUUUUUUUCAAGCAUUUUUUUAGGAAUGGGGUAUUUGCCAUGGAUCUUCCAGCACCAUAACAUCAUUCUUAUGAAGUUAUGGUGCCCAGGGUCCCUUUCAGAAUAAAUAUUUGUGUUUAAUCGACUCCCGAGGCACAAACUUUGAUAAAAGUAGUUUCCACUUAUCUGUCCUGCACAGCUUAUAUCUCAGUCCAAAUGUUGCUAGUUAGCUGCAAACUUAUCCCAAUUAAAUAAUUAAUCAGGGAUAGGGUUUCUGCUCAGGAAAACCUUGUAAAUUUUCCAGGAGGUUUAGAGAUCACCUACUCAGCUGGGAGGUUAUUCCUUGCACCAAAUACCAUUUUAUAAAUCCGGUAAAUGCUUUGUGAACAGACUAUUUGCCAGAUUUAGAUUAUUAAAAGGAACACUCACCGCACCAUAACCACUACAGCAAGCAAGUCUCUCCACUCCCUCCUCCAUUCUUUUGUUUAUUUAAUGAUUUGACUUACCUGAGUCUGCCACAAAUGGCUCCACAACUCAACUACUGCUAAGAGAGGUGGAAGCUGUUAAAGAGGAAAUUCUGUGAGCUCUGGGGCCAAGCCCAGCCCUCUCGCACAUGGUAGUGGUUAUGGUGAGGUUCUUUUAAACAAGUCUUAAACAGAGUGAUUUCCAGAUAACUUUGCUAAUAGAGCAAAUGAUCACAGGUUGAUAAAAAUACAAAAAAUAAAUAAAACUAAACACACACCAUGGUGCCUUACGGGAUUUUUCUGUUUUCUGUUACUAGGUUGUGGAGAGGAUACAAAUUCUAACGAAGCCUCUGCUUACUUUGAAGAGAUCCACAGCGCAGUCCAAAAUGAGUUGAGCCGGUACCCUGAACCAAUAUCGAAGUCAAAGAAGAACAUCCUAAUAUUUAGUGAUACAGGUAUUAAAAUGGUUCAUUCCUUAAAAGGAAUUCUCCAAGCUGACAUACACUGUAGUGGUUAUUGUGCCAAGAGUGUUUUAGUGCCAUGGCAGACUAUUUUAGCAACCUACCUGGAUCCCAAUGGGCACCAGUUCGGCACCUGGGCUCCUCCAGCAGGUGAACGGAACAGGCCCAUGCAGGACUGCUCACUGGCCAUCAGUUGACAGUAUCAGCCAUGGAGUGUGUUCCAGUUGUGGUUUGCACUACAGAGACUCCUUCUCCCCUCGACUGGACCUAUGCAAGUUCUCGAAGUACUGUUAAAUUGGUUUAAUGUCUCACUGUGCUACUGGCACCAUAACCACUACAUGGUGCUACGAAUGUUCCUUCAAUAACUAUAUUGUACACUUUAAAUAGGAUUAUUCAAAUUCUAAUUGCAGCACAAUAAAUCACAGAAGAAAUCAAAGAUUUAUACAUUAAAAUAGUGAAGGGUUGUGAAAUGAAAACCUAUCCACAAAGAUUAGAUUAAACAUGCUAAACGGACUACAUAUGAUUUAGAGACUAUUCAAGCCUGUGGGAUUUUUUUUUUAUUUUAAGCUUAAAUUGACUUUAGUAAAUAAACCUGUGUAUUUUAAAUUCUGUGAUAUAGAACACUGACACAUAUUUAUAGUACAAAGUAGGAGAUUAAUGUAUUUGUCUUCUAGAUCUUGGCGAGACACCAGCACCACAAACCUCAUCCCCAAUCAGAAAUGAAGGUCCUUUGAAGGACUUUAAUAUUUCUGACAUCAUUGACGGCUUCCAGAUCUUGGACGUGAAGAAAAAUGGUGAAACGCUAGAGGAUAGUUCCGAAGGAGAAAAUAUUUCAGCCAGUGUCAGAAUUACAGGACUCUAGAGACAUAUCGUUCAACCAAACGUGGAUGUGAAAACUGUUCCACCUGUGGCAAAAUGACUGACUCCAGAUUUGAAUCUUCUUACUAGAGGACCUUCCAUAGAUGGACAUAAAGGCACAGAAAACCUAACAGGUUUUGGAUUUCUCCAAAUCAAAACCAAAUGAAAACAGAAGAAGGUCCUCUCCAUUGUAACAUUCCCUCUCAAAAGUUCCUUAUGUGAUACAAUUUUAUUUUCAUUAAUUUACUGUAUGUGGAUAAUACUUGGAAAAACAACAAGUUACCUCAACCAACAAGGAUCCAUGCAACAGAUUUUCAUA